AUGAAUGCGCAGAACAUCGUGUUGGCUUUGAGCGAUUUAGUUGUAAAUAAUUUAACCGUUACACAGCUGUCUCCAAUUACACUACAAGAGCGACAAAUGGCCGAACAUCUUGCUGAUACAGUUAAAUUAAUGGCGAGUGGACAAAGAGUCGAUUAUGUCGAAGAGACAACUUUAGAUUUUGGUGAUUUUACUGAUGAUGAAGAGAGCGAGGAAGAGGAGGAUCCCAAUGGCUGUCGAGAAGGAGGAUGA